UUUCAACAUGGAAGGUCAAACGACUCUAACAAGCUAUUUUACAGCCGCGAAAUCUCGCCAAAACACCAAUCCUGCUAAACGGCGGAAAGUUGUAGUUGACCCUGAAGUUAUUCCAGCCAAAGCUAGGAUGUUAUUUGCCGAAAAAAGCGUGUCUUCCAACGAGGAAAAGCUGAGAUUGACGCAGUCAGAUUCACCAGCAACUGGUCGGAUAAAGCAAGCUAAUCGUUGCAGAUCAAGAAACGGUAAGACAACGCGAAAGUCAGCUCGAAAUAAAAUCGUGUCUGAAGGUAUCGUUUCUGUCACAACUUCGUCAAAAGAUGAUCAUAUCGAGAAAAGAUUAAGAAAACAAAAUAUGGUUAACAACGACCCCGAAUCUUCGGCUAAAAAAGUUAUCAAUGGCUUUGUACCUCACGUUGGUAGUCAAGACGCACUCCAAGCUAAGCAAUCGGAGGCAAAAAUUACCCCCCAAAUUCCACCUCAGGAUAGUCCCAAUCGAGCAAAACCUGAAUUUACUCAAAAUUCGGAAAACGUGAGCACGGAUGUUUCAAAAACUGCUCCAAAACUUGAGAACAUAACAAGCCAGCCAAGGAAAGGUUUGAAGGCUAAUCCUUGGAUAGCAGAACAAGCUAAGUUGGUUCUUUCAAGUCGGGGAAAACAAGCCUUGGAAAAGAGUCUUGGAAGAAAGAAAGAAGAGGGGAUUUCGGGGCGGAUGGUAAAAGAAAGUGCCAAGACUGUGGAGGAAGACACCAAAGUGAAGAAAUCUCAAAAUGCAGGUGUUAAGGCGAUUGUGCCAAGGUUGAGCCAGGGGGUGACUUCCGGUGGGGCUCCAAAGUCUACAUCAUCAACAACUGAAAGUGUUUCCAAGAUGCCAGCAUACAAAAGAUUCAGCCAUCUUCUUGAAGCAAAGAAACCUAAGCCUGCUACAACACGAAACCUUCCUCUACCGUACCAUUUUAAAGUACUUGAGGAAAUGUUCCGUUGUGUCGAUGUUGUUCUCAGCCUGAAACAGAAACGUUAUGAAACCUGCACAUUUGAGAAGCUAAAAGAUUCAGUCCAGGAAAUGUGCCGAAAGAAAUUUGAGAAGAAGCAUCUUGCCCAAAUGCAAACAGUCUUUCCAACAGCAUUUGUUUUCCAACAAAGCAAUUCCUGUGCGUCCAAAAAAUCCGAAUAUCACUUGACAAUUGAUUUUAACUUUGAUGGAAAGCAAAGCAACCAAAAGCCUAAAGACUUAAGGUUUAUCGAAAGUUCCAUUCUCAUUGCCCGGCAGAAACAAUUCAAGAGCGAACUUUUGAAAGUCACCAUGGGCCAUCAUCGGCAGUAUUUGACAAGGAAUUUUCCUUCAUUGAGUGUUGAUGAUGAUGCGAUAAUGAGAUGGCAUCCGUGCUUUCCUCUUGAUGAAGUCUCGGAAAUUGAGCAAUCGCCAUUACCUGAGCCACCUCAAAUAAAGACUUAUUCUACAGCUCAGGAUGUUUUGGAUCGUGCUCGGCUUAAUAUGACACCAAGGGUUGAAAAAGCAUUAAAUCUUGCUGUGCAAAAGUCUAAAGAGAGCAACAAUAUCAAGGCCAAUUUGAAAUCUAAUGAAAUUAAAAAAGAUUUAAAUCAAGCUAAAAACUGCAAUCCAUCAUUAAAAGGUGUAUCUCAGUCUCUUAUUGAAAAGAUUCGGCAGAAAGAAGAGAAGAAAAUCCAAGAAUCUCUCACAGUUGAUUCAGAAGUUGUACAAAAACGUGUCAUGCUGCAACGGCUUCCUGAACUGUGUCGAAUUAUGAAAACAUAUUUUGUUAGUGAACGUAAGGCUGCAAUUCCUUUAGAAGAUGUUAGCAUUAAACUGGCAGAAAGUUAUACAAGCACCCUGUCUUCAGUACAAAUUGAAAAGCAUGUGAAGUUACUUUCUGAGGUGGUGCCUGAAUGGUUGACAAUCAUGUAUGUUAGGAAAUGUCCUUAUGUCAAGCUUAAGAAAAACGUCAACAUCAACAGUCUUGUGGAGAAGCUAAAGUCAAAAGAACAACUUUUUGCAAAUGCAGCAACUGUGAAUAAGGUGCUGGUGAAAGGGAAAGGAAAGCUGGCCCCUAUACCACUCAAAAUGGCUGUCUCGAGUGGAAAAAUUGAAUCGGGCAUUGGAGAUGCGAUUUCCCGUUUAUAUCCUAAAGUUGACGAAACUGAAACGCCUUUACCAAGAUCCUGGAGUCCCAAGGAUAAGUGUAGCUCUAUCGGUUUAUCUCAAACUAAUUUAAGAGUCCAUUACAAAGGUGUUGGUCGGACCCACAAAGAUGCGGCGGCGGUUAGGACCAGUCACCCAAUACCUGCAUCAUGUGGUCUUUAUUAUUUUGAAAUUAAAAUUAUCAGCAAAGGACGAGAUGGUUACAUGGGGAUUGGUCUUUCUGCAUUUGGAGUUAGCUUGAACAGACUACCAGGCUGGGAGAAGAUGUCAUAUGGUUACCAUGGUGAUGAUGGUAACUCAUUCUCGUCAUCAGGGACAGGCAAACCUUAUGGUCCAACAUUUACCACUGGUGAUGUAAUUGGAUGUGGUGUUAAUAUGAUUGAUAAUACAGCCUUCUAUACAAAGAAUGGUAUUAAACUUGGAACUGCUUUUACAGAUUUACCUGCAAAAUUAUAUCCAUCUGUUGGACUACAAACACCUGGGGAAAUUGUGGAUGCAAAUUUUGGACAAAGUCCUUUUGUUUACGACAUUGCAGAGGAAUUUAAGGAAUUACAAGCACACAUUGACAACACAAUAGAAACAUUUUCUGUGAGUGACAAACACAAUUGCUGGCAGACAUCGAUGCAGAGGUUGGUGUCAACAUAUUUAGUGCAUCAUGGUUACUCUGCUACAGCUGAGGUAUUCGCUCAGACUACUGGUCAGCCAAUCUCUGAAGAUUUAGCCUCCAUUAAAAAUAGACAAAGAAUCCAGAAGUUAAUUUUAGCUGGUCGGGUAGGAGAAGCAAUAGAAAUGACGCAAAAACUUUACCCUGGUUUGCUUGAACGAAACCAGAAUCUUUUGUUCUCGUUAAAAUGUCGACAGUUUGUCGAGAUGGUCAGUGGUCAGGAUAGUGAGGUACGAGGGCCUGGUGCCUAUAGUCCGUCGCGUAGCAACAAGUCAAGUCCAUGCUCCAGUCCUACCCACCCUCACAGCAGCAGUAGUAGUGGAAACAGUCUCAAUUCCUCACCCCAUUCCAGUAACGGUUUUGUAUCAAACGGCAUUCAAAAUGGCGUGGCUGGUGGCGUGGAAACGCUAAUGGAAAUUGAAGAGGAAAAUGAAGUGGAUGUUUCAAGAAAUGGAGUGCUUAAUGGAAGUGCAUCUCAGGAGGAGAUUUCCUGCAGUCCCAUGCGAGAUGUUAGUCAGAAGCGUUCUUCCUGCACGUUAGGUAAUAAUGAUUUGAUUGAGAAGAUAUUGGUGUAUGGGCGAGAACUGAAGAGUUUAAGUGUUGAAUUGAAGCAGGAACAUGGCACAAAUCCUGCGAAUAAAAGAGCCUUAGAGGAUGCAUUUAGUUUGCUAGCAUAUAAUGAUCCACAUAAUAGUCCAGUCGCCUACCUGCUUGAUCCGACACAGAGAGAACCAGUUUGUUCUGCAUUAAACAGUGCUAUAUUAGAAUCUCAAGAUUUACCUCGCCAACCACCACUAGAACUUUGCCUUGGACAAACACUAGAGUGUAUAAAACUAAUGGCUAAAUCCGGACUUGGAGCAUGUGCGUUUACAAGUUUAGACGGGGUGUUACAGGGAUAAGUAUUUAGAGGAUUUAUUGUAAAUAUCCACAGAUUAGUUUUAACAAUGACAGACGUACGGUUGAAGGUAAUGGAUUGUAAAUUUUAUAUUUAAAUUGAGUUUUUUUUAAAUACAGGUCAUAAGACAUAAGCUUUUCUAUUUU